GAAGUGCGCGCGGAGCGAGGUGGCCGCAGCGUCUCCGCGCGCGGCCCAAGCCCGGGAGGAGCGCGGAACCGCCGCCUCGGCCAUGCGGCUCCCGGCCGGGGGGCCUGGGCUGGGGCCCGCGCCGCCCCCCGCGCUCCGCCCCCGCUGAGCCUGCGCCCGGCCCGGGGCGCCUCCCGCCCGGCACCAUGGUGCAGAAGUCGCGCAACGGCGGCGUGUACCCCGGCCCGAGCGGGGAGAAGAAGCUGAAGGUGGGCUUCGUGGGGCUGGACCCCGGCGCGCCCGACUCCACCCGGGACGGGGCGCUGCUGAUCGCCGGCUCCGAGGCCCCCAAGCGCGGCAGCAUUCUCAGCAAACCUCGCGCGGGCGGCGCGGGCGCCGGCAAGCCCCCCAAGCGGAACGCCUUCUACCGCAAGCUGCAGAAUUUCCUCUACAACGUGCUGGAGCGGCCGCGCGGCUGGGCGUUCAUCUACCACGCCUACGUGUUCCUCCUGGUUUUCUCCUGCCUCGUGCUGUCUGUGUUUUCCACCAUCAAGGAGUAUGAGAAGAGCUCGGAGGGGGCCCUUUACAUCCUGGAAAUCGUGACUAUCGUGGUGUUUGGCGUGGAGUACUUCGUGCGGAUCUGGGCCGCAGGCUGCUGCUGCCGGUACCGUGGCUGGAGGGGGCGGCUCAAGUUUGCUCGGAAGCCGUUCUGUGUGAUUGACAUCAUGGUGCUCAUCGCCUCCAUUGCGGUGCUGGCCGCCGGCUCCCAGGGCAAUGUCUUUGCCACAUCUGCGCUCCGGAGCCUGCGCUUCCUGCAGAUUCUGCGGAUGAUCCGCAUGGACCGGCGGGGAGGCACCUGGAAGCUGCUGGGCUCCGUGGUCUAUGCCCACAGCAAGGAGCUGGUCACUGCCUGGUACAUCGGCUUCCUGUGUCUCAUCCUGGCCUCGUUCCUGGUGUACUUGGCAGAGAAGGGGGAGAACGACCACUUUGACACCUACGCGGAUGCACUCUGGUGGGGCCUGAUCACGCUGACCACCAUUGGCUACGGGGACAAGUACCCCCAGACCUGGAACGGCAGGCUCCUGGCGGCGACCUUCACCCUCAUCGGCGUCUCCUUCUUUGCGCUGCCUGCAGGCAUCUUGGGGUCUGGCUUUGCCCUGAAGGUUCAGGAGCAGCACAGGCAGAAGCACUUUGAGAAGAGGCGGAAUCCGGCAGCAGGCCUAAUCCAGUCGGCCUGGAGAUUCUACGCCACCAACCUCUCGCGCACAGACCUGCACUCCACGUGGCAGUACUACGAGCGCACGGUCACCGUGCCCAUGUACAGUUCGCAAACUCAAACCUACGGGGCCUCCAGACUCAUCCCCCCGCUGAACCAGCUGGAACUGCUGAGGAACCUCAAGAGUAAAUCUGGACUCGCUUUCAGGAAGGAUCCCCCGCCGGAGCCAUCUCCAAGUAAAGGCAGCCCGUGCAGAGGGCCCCUGUGUGGAUGCUGCCCCGGACGCUCUAGCCAGAAGGUCAGUUUGAAAGAUCGUGUCUUCUCCAGCCCCCGAGGCGUGGCUGCCAAGGGGAAGGGGUCCCCGCAGGCCCAGACUGUGCGGCGGUCACCCAGUGCCGACCAGAGCCUCGAGGACAGCCCCAGCAAGGUGCCCAAGAGCUGGAGCUUCGGGGACCGCAGCCGGGCACGCCAGGCUUUCCGCAUCAAGGGCGCUGCGUCACGGCAGAACUCAGAAGAAGCAAGCCUCCCCGGAGAGGACAUUGUGGAUGACAAGAGCUGCCCCUGCGAGUUUGUGACCGAGGACCUGACCCCGGGCCUCAAAGUCAGCAUCAGAGCCGUGUGUGUCAUGCGGUUCCUGGUGUCCAAGCGGAAGUUUAAGGAGAGCCUGCGGCCCUACGAUGUGAUGGACGUCAUCGAGCAGUACUCAGCCGGCCACCUGGACAUGCUGUCCCGAAUUAAGAGCCUGCAGUCCAGGAUAGAUAUGAUUGUGGGUCCCCCACCCCCUUCAACUCCCCGGCACAAGAAGUACCCCACCAAAGGACCCACGGCCCCUCCGAGAGAGUCACCCCAGUACUCACCUAGAGUGGACCAGAUCGUGGGGCGAGGCCCAGCGAUCACGGACAAGGACCGCACCAAGGGCCCGGCCGAGGCGGAGCUGCCUGAGGACCCCAGCAUGAUGGGACGGCUCGGGAAGGUGGAGAAGCAGGUCUUGUCCAUGGAGAAGAAGCUGGACUUCCUGGUGAAUAUCUACAUGCAGCGGAUGGGCAUCCCCCCAACAGAGACCGAGGCCUACUUUGGGGCCAAAGAGCCGGAGCCAGCACCGCCGUACCACAGCCCGGAAGACAGCCGGGAGCAUGUCGACAGGCACGGCUGCAUUGUCAAGAUCGUGCGCUCCAGCAGCUCCACGGGCCAGAAGAACUUCUCGGCGCCCCCGGCUGCGCCCCCUGUCCAGUGUCCGCCCUCCACCUCCUGGCAGCCACAGAGCCACCCGCGCCAGGGCCACGGCACCUCCCCCGUGGGGGACCACGGCUCCCUGGUGCGCAUCCCGCCGCCGCCUGCCCACGAGCGGUCACUGUCUGCCUACGGCGGGGGCAACCGCGCCAGCAUGGAGUUCCUGAGGCAGGAGGACACCCUGGGCUGCAGGCCCCCCGAGGGGACCCUGCGGGACAGCGACACGUCCAUCUCCAUCCCAUCCGUGGACCACGAGGAGCUGGAGCGUUCCUUCAGUGGCUUCAGCAUCUCCCAGUCCAAGGAGAACCUGGAUGCUCUCAACAGCUGCUACGCGGCCGUGGCGCCUUGUGCCAAAGUCAGGCCCUACAUCGCGGAGGGAGAGUCAGACACUGACUCCGACCUCUGUACCCCGUGCGGGCCCCCGCCACGCUCGGCCACCGGCGAGGGUCCCUUUGGUGACGUGGGCUGGGCUGGGCCCAGGAAGUGAGGCAGCGCUGGGCCAGUGGACCCGCCCGCGGCCCUCCCCAGCACGAUGCCUCUGAGAUUUUGAGGCGGGAACCCUCCGGGGCCCUUUUCUUACAGUAACUGAGUGUGGUGGGAAGGGUGGGUCCUGGAAGGGCCCAUGUGGGCUGAAGGAUGGGGGCUCCCGGCAGUGACUUUUUACAAAAGUUAUUUUCCAACAGGGGCUGGAGGGCCGGGCAGGGCCCUGUGGCUCCAGGAGCAGCGUGCAGGAGCAAGGCCGCCCUGUCCACUCUGCUCAGGGCCGCGGCGGCCAUCAGCUCGGUGUGAGGAGGGGUGGGAGUGAUGACGGGGUGUUGCCAGCGUGGCAACGGGCGGGGGGUGGUCUCAGCCGAGCCCAGGGGAAGCACAAAGGGCAGGCCUGUUCUGUGAGGACCUGCACAAAGGGCGGGCCUGUUCCGUGAGGACCUGCGGCCUUGGGGCCUGGUGGGGUUUCCGGGCAGCUACAGGCGGGUGUAGCCGGCCACUACGCGUUGCCUCUGCCCCCACACCUGACCUGCCCGGUGGGCUUUCCGGUCCCCCACCUCAGGGGCGCCCAAAUACAGAGCUAUUGGUCGGCGUCUUCUCCCUGUACCUUCUGGGAUCUGAGGGCUCUUUCCAUGGGAGCCAGCCCCGACGUGGAGACCUUCGCCUGCAGCUGAGGAGUGGGUGGGGCCUGGGAACCAAACUGGAGCCCAGAGUGGACGUCCAGCCCUCUGGUCUUGGCCUCUAGGGGGAGGGCCUGGCUCACGGUGGGGCCAGGGAGCCAGCUCCGAAGGGUCUUCAAAAAGGGGGUCCUUGGGGGCUCCAGCUGCCUCACCCUGGCCUUUCCGUGGGUGCUUGAGAGCCAGCAGCACCCCAGCCUCGGAGACUGGGCGGGGCAGGAUCCCAAGUCCUCCCCUCUCUCCUGACUGCCCUGGCCGGGUGCCGGCACCGCGAGACCCGCCCGGUGAGCAGGCCUCACAGUUCUUAGCCAGGGCCUCACCUCGCCUGUGUCCCACCAAUGCCCCGACAGACCCGGGGCAGGGCUGGGCCACGAUGCAGCGGACCAGGAUAGCCUCCACCGUCAGCACAGGGCCGCCCUCCCCGCCUUUCCGGAGGAAACCACUCCCACCUCAGCCCAGCUGAGCGCCCUCCCUGGCUCUCCUGCCCCCUGGAGCUGAUGGCCCCUUCUCCACUGACCGAUUCCUUAGCUGGGCCUCUUGGGGUCUCGGGCCUCAGGGGUGCACCGUCCCACGCCCGUCCUGUUGUGGGCAUGGCACCGUGGCCCUUGGGGCAGGCGGCUCUGAUGGGGGAGCGAGUCCCUAGCUCCAGACUUAAGCACCAGAGCCCGGGAGCAUCUGGCAUUUGGCGUGACGGCGUCGCAGGCGGGCCUGGACUCCCUGGAGAGUGGCCUCCCCGGGAGUGAGCAGGGCUGGGGUAAUGGGCGCAAAUACUCCUGCAGAGCAAGUGCAGGGGAGUCCUGGGCCCGUUUCUUCUCCACCUGCGUUUUCAGUGCACUUGGCUUGGCCAGGAGGUACUGAGGCCCUGAGGCCAGCAGGGGAACCCUUCCUGAGGGAGAGGACUUUGAAAGCAGCAUUUGAGGGUCGUACGCCCCUGGCUGGUGGGGGUCCUGGCGCUCAGGGUGUUUGGGGAGCCAUGUCUGGCGUCCGUUGUGGGGAGCUGCUACCCUGCUCUCUUUGCUUACCUCCAGCCCAGCCAGGGCACUCCCAGGCCCUGUCGCCAUUGAGGUGCCUCCGCUGGGCUGUCUCCUCACCCCUCCCUGUGCCGGAGCCUGUCCCAAAAAGGUGCCAACUGGGAGGCCUCAGAAGCCACUGUCCAGGCUCCCACUGCCUGUCUGCUCUGUUCCCAAAGGCAGCGUGUGUGGCCUCGGGCCCUGCGGUGGCGUGAAGCAUCCCUUCUGGUGUGGGCGCGGCUGCGUGUUUUGGGGGCAGCGUUUCAUGGCGGUGCCCUUGCUGUCUCCCUUGGGCUGGCUCGAGCCCGGGGUCCAUGUCCCUUCUCCUUCCCUUCAUGGGACAGGGAAUCCAUAGUGGGGCCCACAGGCAGGGGUAUGAGUGCGUCCCACCCAAUGCAGCACCAGCCCCGGCCACCGCUCCCUGUGUCCCCAGUUCCAUCUCAGCUACCUGGACUCCAGGACCCUGGAGAAGGGAGACCUGGCAGUGGAGGGAGGCUGUGCUGUGUGUCCCCCACCAGGUGUGGCCCCACCUGCCCUUUCCUCCCCCCAUGAGUAGCCCCGCCUGCUCUUUCCUCCCCCCAGGUGUGGCCCCGCCUGCUCUUUCCUCCCGCCGCCAGGGCCCCGCCUGCUCUUUCCUCCCCCUGCCAGGGCCCCGCCUGCUCUUUCCUCCCCCUGCCAGGGCCCCGGCUGCUCUUUCCUCCCCCCAGGUGUGGCCCCGCCUGCUCUUUCCUCCUCCCCCCAGGUGUGGCCCCACCUGCUCUUUCCUCCCCCCACCAGGUGUGGCCCCACCUGCUCUUUCCUCCCGUGGGGCCUCUGAGGCAUGAGCACCUGGGCACAGGUUGGGGCUCUGCAGGAUGAGGAAGAUAGGCCAAUCCCUUCCCUCCCAGAAGCUGGCCGCCCAGCAGGAGGGACUGAAGCCAGACUCAUGUCCAGCAAGGAACGUGUGGUGUGUCCCCUGGGAAGUCUCUGGCCCCUGGGAAGUCUCUGGCCCCUGGGAAGAGGGAAGGUGCACGUCCUGGGAUGGUUGGGGGGCCCCGUUUUGGGAGACAAAGGGGUAGAAGAUCUGUCUUGGGCCCCCCCAGACUCCAGCCUGAGCAGUGCAGCCACCUACUGCCCCACCUCAGAGAAGUGCAGCAGAAGGAGGCUGGAGGUGGUGCGGUGCUGCCUCGGGUGUCUGCGUGAAUGAGCGUGGCCAAGGACCAGUGCUGCCUCAUGGCAAAGAGCUCCCACAAUGUUUGUUAGAGUGCACAUCCCUACAUGCCCACUGGCACACACACGUGCUCACAUACGUGCCCGCAUACAGGCAUACACAUACACGCUUGCACACAUGCACACACGUGCACAGAUGAGAUAGCACACACAUGCACUGACACACAUGCACAGUACACAUACGUGCAUACACAUGCCUGCAUACAGGUAUACACAUGCAUGCUUACACGCACAUGCACAGAUCACACAUGUGCACACACAUGUAUAGCUCACACAGUAUACACAUACACAAGUGCACAGACCACACAAAGCACUAACACAUGCACACACAAAGUGCAUAGGCCACACACAGCACAUGCACACAAGUGCACAGACUACACAGCACACACAAGUGCACAGACCACGCACAGUCCACGUGCACACACAAGUGCACAGACCACACUGCACACAUGCACACACACGUGCGUGUGUGCGUGCACAUUCCUUGCGCUUCCAGCCUUGGAGCCCUUCUGUCUCUGGUCUUUCUCUUUGACCCUGCUGGGUUUAAGCUGCCUGGGGAGGGGCUACAAGGAGUAAUUGUGGCUUUGGGGGUCGUGGUGAUGCUGGAAUGUCAAGCCCCGUGGUGGGGUAUCUGACUGUCCGGGCUCCUGGUCCGCAGUGGCAGAGCGCCAGGCAGAGCCCAAUCAGGGUCUCGUGCUGCCCUUCCCCCCCACAGCCUGGCAGCCAUCCAGAGGAGGGGCUCUGCCAGAUGCCAAGGUGCCCCGGCGUCCGUAUGGGUGUCCGGAUGGGUCCUGUGUUUGGUCUGCCCUGGAGGUGCUGGGCCCUCCUGGGAUGGGUGGCUCAGCCUCGAAUCCCAGGCCCCAGCCCAGGCAGGUGCUGCUGCCUGUUGUGGUUUCCGGGCCCAGCUUCUCCUUAUCCCUCUGCAUAAAAUCGCAGUCCGUGAGUCUUCCAGCUGCCACCACGGCUGGCACACGCUGGGGGAGGGCCCCUCCCAUGCCUCCCGCACACAGCCGUCUGAGCAGGGCAGGUGCCCGACACCCACCACUGGAGGACACGCUGCCUCUCAGCGAUGCUCCUACCUUUUGGGGGACCUCAUCUCAAGCCCCCACUUGGAGGCUGAAAUCACCCCAGGCACUGUGAAGGCUUCUCCAGGGGGAACCCUUUGAGCUGUGGGUCUGAUCACCCCAAGUCCCGCCCAGAGGAGAGGCACAGCCAGGGCGUGUAGUUUAAUGUUUGCCCCCUUCGGGGCUGGAGGUCUCAGUGUUUCUAGAUUCCAGACCCUGCUGCUGGAGAGACCUACUGCCAGAGAGAAGGGGAGGAGGACUCCAGCUGGGCUCGGUCCCCCACAGUCAGGGACCCCCAUAAAGGACACCCCCUUCUCUCUAGAAAGAGCUGGGCUCUGAGCUAUUUCUAGUCACUUCCCAGAAGCCGAGGAGCCGAAGGAGCUGUGAGAGCUUUGCGGAAACGCCCUUGUCCCUGCCGCCCUGAGCUAUGAAUGCCGUACAGAGCAGAGGCUGGGGUAUUGGCAAGAUCACAGGUUGACACUGCACAGCCCCAUUGACACAAACCCUCAAAGCAGACGUGAGAGGGACGGCUCACAAGGCUUGGACCUGCCGUGGAGGGUGCCUGGCAGACGUGGUGUGAGAGGGACGGUUCACAAGGCUUGGACCUGGUGGAGGGUGCCCAGCAGACGUGGUAUAAGAGAGACGGUUCACGAGGCUUGGACCUGGUGGAGGGUGCCCAGCAGACGUGGUGUGAGAGGGACGGUUCACGAGGCUUGGACCUGGUGGAGGGUGCCCAGCAGAUGUGGUAUAAGAGGGACGGUUCACGAGGCUUGGACCUGGUGGAGGGUGCCUGGCAGACGUGGCGUGAGAGGGAUGGCUCAUGAGGCUCGGACCUGGUGGAGGGUGCCCAGCAGACGUGGUAUAAGAGGGACGGUUCACGAGGCUUGGACCUGGUGGAGGGUGCCCGGCAGACGUGGCGUGAGAGGGACGGUUCACGGGCUUGGACCUGGUGGAGGGUGCCCGGCAGACGUGGCGUGAGAGGGACCGUUCACGGGCUUGGACCUGGUGGAGGGUGCCCGGCAGACGUGGCGUGAGAGGGACGGUUCACGGGCUUGGACCUGGUGGAGGGUGCCCGGCAGAUGUGGUGUAAGAGGGACGGUUCACGAGGCUUGGACCUGGUGGAGGGUGCCCAGCAGACGUGGUGUGAGAGGAACGGCUUAUGAGGCUUGGACCUGGUGGAGGGUGCCCGGCAGACGUGGUAUAAGAGGGACGGUUCACAGGGCUUGGACCUGGUGGAGGGUGCCCGGCAGACGUGGUAUAAGAGGGACGGUUCACAGGGCUUGGACCUGGUGGAGGGUGCCCGGCAGACGUGGCGUGAGAGGGACGGUUCACGGGCUUGGACCUGGUGGAGGGUGCCCGGCAGACGUGGUGUAAGAGGGAUGGUUCACAGGGCUUGGACCUGGUGGAGGGUGCCCGGCAGACGUGGUAUAAGAGGGACGGUUCACAGGGCUUGGACCUGGUGGAGGGUGCCCGGCAGAUGUGGUGUGAGAGGGAUGGCUCACGAGGCUCGGACCUGGUGGAGGGUGCCCAGCAGAUGUGGUGUAAGAGGGAUGGUUCACGAGGCUCGGACCUGGUGGAGGGUGCCCGGCAGACGUGGCAUGAGAGGGACGGUUCACAGGGCUUGGACCUGGUGGAGGGUGCCCAGCAGACGUGGUGUGAGAGGAACGGCUCACGAGGCUCGGACCUGGUGGAGGGUGCCUGGCAGACGUGGUAUAAGAGGGACGGCUCACGAGGCUUGGACCUGGUGGAGGGUGCCCGGCAGACGUGGUGUGAGAGGGACGGUUCACAGGGCUUGGACCUGCCGUGGAGGGUGCCCGGCAGACGUGGUGUGAGAGGGAUGGCUCACGAGGCUUGGAUCUGCCGUGGAGGGUGCCCAGCAGGGGGCUAAGCUCUGAGGGGUGGGUGCUCAGUGCAUGGGUGCCCCCAGUGUCCUCUGACCCUGUCCGGUGCCUCCCCCAACCCCCACACCCAUGCAAAACUCCCAGGCCACAUGUAUGUAUGUCCAGGGCAGGAGGGUGGGGUGAAGAGGCCCGGUCAGGGCUGUUAGGGGCUGCAGGACGGAAUGGCCACCUGGGGAGCCUGUGUGCUGUGCUGGGCCAGCCAUCCUGUGUUCCCACCCAGCGGGCAGGCUCCACCUUGGCCCCAGCAAAGCGCUAAGGAGCUGGAGAGACAGCCAGGGCGGCUUCCUGAAGGAUGUGGGAUGGUGGACUCCGGGGUCGAGGGAAUACCCAGGUUCCUGUCCCUCCAGGAGACCUAGAGAAGCUGCACACCCAGGAGCUUUCCAUGACCCCGGGAGCAUGAGUGAAUGGGGGUUCCAGUUUGCUGAACUUUGCUGUCUUGUAAGGGUGGGGGUUGAAGACUGACCCUGGGAGGAGGUGACCUUGCAGGGGGAGGUUGUGGGAAACGGUGGAGGAGGAGAGACGGGAGGGGACCAUUUGGGAUGGAGGGGCCUCUUCAAAGUUUUAAAAGGCAUUUGUGGGGUGGAGUUGAGUGUGCUCUGGGCUUGGACACUUGCCGUGGUGCCCCUGGCUGGCCGAGGAGACUGUCUCUGGCCAGUGGCCCCGUCCUGAGAGGUCCUCAGCGUCUGACUCUCAGCCAGGCACCAGCAAGGAGGGGCCGGUCCCCGGGGCUGCCAGGCGGGUACCUGCACAUCGCCAUACGCCACACGCCAACUCUGCCUGGGUUUUACAAAGUCGUUGCCUUAAUGCAUGUGGACAGGAACUCCCUGAGGUCACCCCAUGCCCCCGCCUCUGCCAGGUAUGGACGCCCUGGACCCUGCCUCCAGGUGAGGCGGGCGAGGGGCCCAAGGGAUGGUCUCCAGAGACACGCGCAGGGCAGGAGGGAUCUCACGGAGGGGUCUCGCACUGAGGCGCCCAGAGCUGGCGGUCCCACUGGACGCCAUCCCUCUGCCUGGGAUCCACAUGGCCCACGUGUGCCAGCCACGCCCGCGCCCCACGCCAUUGCAGUCUGCCAUCCUCUGGCCAUGACGGUGGCCGCAGCUUCCCCAUUUGCGCCGUUGCCUCUGGCUGUCUGCACUUCUGUUCAUGCUCCAAAGAAUAUUUCAUAAUGCCUUCAGUACCGACGUACACUUCUGACCAUUUUGUAUGUGUCUUUGUGCCGUAGUGACCAGGCCUUUUUUUUGGUGGAUGUGUUACCCCGCACACUUCAAUCUCAACUUUGUGCACCGUCCGUUUUCUAGGGAUAGACACCCAGGGAAUGAACUCUAGUUUUCUAACAGAUUAGCUGAGAUAUUAACUUACUCACACAGACAGGUUGAUGCCAGAGCCGCAAGAAUGCGCCGGUGUGGGUUUGCGGGGGACUUCAGGUGUGGGGUCCUGCGGCCAGGAUGGCCGUGGAAGGUUCUGGGGAUCCCUGCUGCCACGGGGACGAGUUCGGACGCCAGGUGGACCUGUGCACUCAGUAAAACACAGUGAUUCAA